AUGGCUGAAGCCCGCAGGCUCCCAACCCCCAAAGCAGCUCCCACUGCCAGCCCAGAGCCAGGGCUCCCCACCCUGUCCCGGGCCCUGACCCCCAGAGAGUCCAGGACAGGGAAAGGGAGGGACGGCGUCCCCUUGGGGCCGGGGGAAGGACCCUGGAGCCUGAGCUUCAAGCUGGGAAAGCAGGGCCGGGUGUCCCGGGAGAUAAUUGCCAACCACCAGGCCAAUGGGCUGCCCCCAGCCGCCCCCACACACACAGACACCCCCAGGACCCGAGAAGCAGCCUUCGUCUACGCCAUCUCCUCUGCAGGAGUAGCCUUUGCUGUCACUCGGGCCUGCAGCAGCGGGGAGCUGGACAAGUGUGGCUGCGACCGGACCGUGCAUGGGGUCAGCCCAGAGGGCUUCCAAUGGUCAGGCUGUUCAGACAAUAUUGCCUAUGGCGUGGCCUUCUCCCAGUCCUUCGUGGAUGUCCGAGAGAGAAGCAAAGGGGCCUCCUCCAGUCGGGCUCUCAUGAACUUACAUAACAACGAGGCUGGAAGAAAGGCCAUCCUGAACCACAUGCGGGUGGAAUGCAAAUGCCACGGGGUGUCUGGCUCCUGUGAGGUGAAGACCUGCUGGAAGGCCAUGCCCCCCUUCCGUAAGGUGGGCCACGUCCUCAAGGAGAAGUUUGACGGGGCCACAGAAGUGGAGCAGCGGCGGGUGGGAUCCUCCAAGGCCCUCGUGCCCAGGAACUCACAGUUCAAGCCCCACACGGACGAGGACCUGGUGUACCUGGAGCCGAGCCCGGAUUUCUGCGAGCACGACGCCCGCAGCGGCGUGCUGGGCACCUGGGGCCGCCAGUGCAACAAGACGUCCAAGGCCAUCGACGGCUGCGAACUGCUGUGCUGUGGCCGGGGCUUCCACACCUCCGAGGUGGAGGUCGUGGAACGCUGCAGCUGCAAAUUCCACUGGUGUUGUUUCGUCAAAUGCCGCCACUGCCACCGGCUGGUGGAGACACACACUUGCCGGUGAUGGGCUCCCCGGGCCACCCCCAGGGACAGAGAGAUGGCGAAGGGAGGGGAAAAAAUAAU